UCAUUGCUUUUUCUCUGUGUUUCUUUUUUCUUUCUUCAGAGAAUCCCAAAUCCCAUAUCACUUUACGAGAAUCCCUUUUACUUAAGAGCCCUUUUCGUUUAUCCCGAGAUCAGAAUUCGUAUAUGAGCAUGGAUAGAGAGUUGUACCUCAAGGCAUUGGUGCUGUACCUUUUGACAUGGAUUGCAGCUGCUGACCAGCCUCACACUAUCACCUUCAAAUCUGCCAGAACCUUCCGCUCCUCUGUGGUUUUCCCCGUCGCCGGAAAUGUUUAUCCAAAAGGGUACUAUCAUGUAACAAUGAAUGUGGGGCAGCCUCCGAGGCCCUACUUUCUUGAUAUCGAUACUGGCAGUGAUCUUACAUGGCUUCAGUGUGAUGCGCCUUGCACGAAAUGCACCCCGGCUCCUCACAGUCUUUACAAACCGAAAAACCUCAUCACAUGCGUUGACCCUUUGUGUGUCUCACUUCAUGGGCCGGGGAACCAUCACUGUCAAUCACCCGAGGAGCAGUGUGAUUACGAAAUUGAUUAUGCCGACCAUGGUUCAUCUUUGGGCGUGCUGGUUAAGGACUUGUUUCCUCUUAGAUUUACAAAUGGUACCAUUUUUGCUCCAAAGCUUGCAUUUGGAUGUGGAUACAAUCAAGAAGUUCAAGACACAGCCCAUCUACCUUACACGGAUGGAGUCCUCGGACUAGGCCUUGGCAAUUCAAGCAUCCUGGCUCAGCUACGGAACAUGGGUUUGAUACGAAAUGUUGUUGGUCAUUGUCUAAGCCGACAAGGUGGAGGGUUUCUCUUCUUUGGAGAUGACUUUCUCCCUAAUUCGGGGAUCAUUUGGACACCAUUAUUGAGCCAAUCGAAAUACUACUCUGUAGGGCCAGCAGAUCUCCAGAUUGCUGGCCAAGCUACUAAUAUCAAGGGCCUUCCCAUAGUUUUCGACAGUGGAAGCACUUAUACUUACUUCAGCUCUCAAGCAUACAACACUCUCGUUUCUUUGAUAAAACGUAACUUGAAUGGAAAGCAACUGAAAGACGCAGUCGAGGAUAAAAGCCUCCCUGUCUGUUGGAAAGGCGCUAAGCCCUUCAAAUCGGUUCUAGAUGCUGCUAACCACUUCAAGCCUUUGGCUCUGAGCUUCACAAAUGCCAAAAAUGCUCAGCUUCAUCUGCCCCCGGAAUCUUACCUUGUCGUUACAGAACAAGGCAAUGUCUGCUUAGGUAUUCUCAAUGGUGGAGAGGUCGGGUUAGAAAAUCUGAACGUGAUUGGAGACAUUUUUCUGCAAGACAAACUGGUGAUCUACGACAACGAGAGGCAGCGAGUGGGAUGGGCGCCAGCAAACUGCAACAAUCUUCCAAACAUGGAUAGCGGAGACUUCGAUCUGCAUAACGAUGCUGCCAUUGAUGGCACGUUGAGGGAUAUCUGCCCCGCGAGAUUCAGAUUCUGAGGCGUUAGGCGCAGAUUUUUGACCCAGAGGUGAUGUUAGUGCUGUAACUCCAUGGUGUUGUUAUUGUUUAGUAAAUGUAGAAAUUUUGGAACGUAGAUGCAUAGGAAAUUAUUUGGGCUUUUAGAGGAAGAUGCUAGCUAUACCAUCUUGUGUAUCAUGAUGGUGUUUCGUUUAGGCGUUAUACCUUGUACGGAUACAUGUAUAUUGAUGAUGUCAUUUCUAGAUAAUGUUUUGAUGUUGGAUUUA